CUUGUCGGAAUGCCCCUCUCCUGCACUGUUAGCAGAGCCGCUCGGCUAAAAACAGAGAAAUGCUCCUGCUGUCCAGCUGAGCUGUGACGGUGCUGCUCGCCAGUGUACACAGAUUUACACCAGAGUCGGAAGAUUUCCGGCCCGUUCGCGCUUAAACAGAGUUCGUGUUCAGUUCUGGCCUCUUAAUUUCUGAACUGAGAGCUGCAGCGUCCGAUAAUCAGCAAGACGAUGAGCUGCUCUGAAGAGGAUGCACCGAUCGAGGCUUGUACUAUUUCAACUGGUGGAGGAACACCAAGUUCUGCAGUGCUCAUCAGCCUUGAGGACCAACACAAUGUAGGACUUCAGAAGAAGCCCACAUCAGGAGGCUUCUUGAAGGAAGAAACGGUGCAGCUGGAGAGCUACGUCCAAGGAAUCAACCUCCAUAACGGAAUGAUGGUUAGCUACAUUAAAGAAGAGGAACUUGUAGAUGAAGAUUGUCUCUACUGUGAGGACUGCAGAUCUUUCUUCAUAGACGAAUGUGAGAUUCAUGGUCCAGCGGUCUUCAUCCACGAUUCCCCUGUUCCCGUGGGGGUCGCUGACCGAGCCAGACAGACCCUUCCCGCCGGUCUGGAGGUUCGGAAGUCUGGUGUUCCUGGCGCAGGUCUGGGAGUGUUUAACCAGGGGGAGACUAUCCCCGCAGGCGUACACUUUGGGCCCUACCAGGGAGACCUGACGGACAGAGAGAAAGCCCUGAACAGCAGAUACUCUUGGGUGAUAUACAACAGCAGGCAAGACGAGGAAUACAUAGAUGCCAAAAGAGAGACGCAUGCUAACUGGAUGAGGUAUGUGAAUUGUGCUCGUAAUGAUGAAGAGCAGAAUCUGGUGGCGUUCCAGUAUAAAGGGGGGAUUCUGUAUCGUAGCUGUCGGUCUAUCAAACCGGGACAGGAGCUCCUGGUGUGGUAUGCAGAGGAGUACGCCAGAAAUGACGACAUCACGUUUGACUACCUCUGGAACAAAAAGUGCUCCACGAAAGAAAUGAACAGCGUCCUCUUGCAAGUCUUCCCCUGCUCCAUGUGUCCACUUUCCUACACAGCUCAAAUUUACCUCCACAAGCACAUCAAGAGAUGCCACCAAGACGAGUACGUCAAACUGCUGAAAUCUGGAGAGAUUAAAUACGAGAACCUGGCACCGCGGAGAAAGUCCAUUACCCGGCAAAUGUCAUCUUCUUCUUCUCUUCACACGAACGCCGCUCGCAGACGAACGGAGAAAAACGCAGACCAGGAGAAAUCCUUCUACUGCUCACAGUGUGGUAAGAGUUUUCCCCACCAGAGCAACCUCCAAAAACACCUGCGCAUUCACGCCGGAGAGAAGCCGUACGACUGCGCGGAGUGCGGGAAGAGUUUUAUCGGCAGAGGCAGCCUCAAACUGCACCAGCGCACCCACACGGGAGAGAAGCCGUACGUCUGCGCGGAGUGCGGGAAGAGUUUUGCUCAAGUGAGCAACCUCCAGAGACACAGGCGCAUCCACACGGGAGAGAAGCCGUACGACUGCUCGGAGUGCGGGAUGAGUUUCACUCAACCCAGCAGCCUCAAAUCGCACCGGCGCAUCCACGUAGGAGAGAAGCCGUAUCAGUGCUCGGAGUGCGGGAAGAGCUUCAAUCGACAGAGCCACCUCAAACUGCACCGGCUCAUCCACACGGGACAGAAACCGUACUACUGCUCCGAGUGCGGGAAGAGGUUCAACCAGCAGAGUAACCUUCAGCGCCACCAGCGCAUUCACACGGGAGAGAAGCCGCAUCACUGCUCAGACUGCGGGAAGAGCUUUACGACGCAGACUCACCUCCAGCAACACCAGCGCAUUCACACGGGAGAGAAGCCGUAUCACUGCUCCGAGUGCGGGAAGAGUUUUACUCUCCUGAGCAUCCUCCAGCUGCACAAGCGCAUCCACACGGGAGAGAAGCCGUACGUCUGCUCUGAGUGCGGCAAGAGCUUUACCAUACAGACGAGCCUCCAGAGGCACCAGCACGUUCACACCGGAGAGAAGCCGUACUACUGCUCCGAGUGCGGGAAGAGUUUCACUCAGCAGAGCAGCCUUCAGAAACACCAGCGCAUUCACACGGGAGAGAAACCGUAUUUCUGCUCCGAGUGUGGGCGGAGCUUCAGGCACGCAAACUCUCUAAAGACGCACAAAUGCAGUAACGGGGGUGAAAACUUAUGACACGAAAUCAGAAAAAAGAUUUAUCACUUAACCUCAGAUGAGCAAAGACAUGUCCGGUAUCUGCUGGUGUGCUUCUUUAGAUUAUGAGAGAUGCUAGGCUAACAUUGCUAACAAACACUGGACUUCAUCUCCAUAAAUACAAGGUGAUUCAAAAAGAUUCAUCCGAUUUCAAAAUGAUUU